AUGUGCGUGUGCACUUGCCUCGGGGAGGAGAACGCAAGGUUCGUCCUUCUUUUCGUUGUCCUGGCAGUGUACAUGCUCGCUGGUGCUGCGCUCUUCCAGCGACUGGAAUCCGACCUUGAAAUACGACAGGGUGCGGAAUAUUGGCGCAUUUACCAUACAUUUCGAAGACAUCAUCUGCGAGGCGGUUCGGUGGCUGUUGAAAGGCUCGACGAACUGUUGUACGCUUACGGAAAUGCCUCGUCAUCCGGCAUCAUCAACAAGAAUCGCCGAUGGGAUUUUUCUGGCAGUUUUCAUUUCGUCGGUACCAUCGUCUCCACGAUCGGAUACGGAAAUACCGCGCCGCAGACGACGAUGGGCAAAGUAGCCGUGAUUCUGUACGGAUUUUUUGGUUGUUCCGGUGGGAUUCUGUUCUUCAACUUGUUUCUGGAGAAGAUCAUCACGUUCCUCGCUCGGAUUUUGCGCAACUUUCACACGCACCGCUUAAAAAGACGCAUCCGGAAGUACUCGAUGGCAUCAUCACGGGCAGCUACUUUGCCGGACAUACUCGACGACCACGACGAGGAUUCAGACCUGGACCUGUGGAAACCGAGUAUAUACUGGGUUAUGUUUCAUUUAUCGUUAUUAUGUUGUAUUGUAGCUUGUUGCGCCGCUGCGGUUUACGCGCCCCUCGAAGAUUGGAAAUACUUGGACGCUCUGUACUUUUGUUUCGUUAGUUUCGCGACCAUCGGCUUCGGAGACUUCGUCAGCAUCGAGAAAACCCAUUAUCCGUAUGCUCAUUGGUACCGUUUCGCUAACUUUGUAUUCCUGCUGACCGGUUGCUGUUGUACGUACUCUCUGUUGAACGUGACGUCGAUCGUAAUAAAACAGGGGUUAAAUUACGUUAUACGAAAGACGCGAUGCGGAAACGGGGACAACGCUGCGCCGCGUUUACCAAAAAGAAAGUCCUCCGUGUCUAGAAUGUAUUUUUCGAAAAGGAGGGGUACCAGAAUCUUCGGACGAGAUUCUUUGAGGGAUAGCUCUGGAACGCCUAGAAGGAUGUCUGGAGAGAUGAUUUCCAUGCAGGAUUUCUUCUCAGCGAACAAAGUCUCUUUAACCGUAAUGCAGAAACAGUUAGAAGAAACGGCCGAGUCGCUAAGGGGGGGUAGCUUGAUCGGAACAGUAUCCAACGCGGCCAUACUCGAGCCCGAUGCUGUCGGUCCUUUGGCUAUCGUCUGCGAAAAGUUUCAGAGUAAAGUUACCAGAGACAGGUGA